GAACAUUUGGCGCGCCACUGCAAUUAUGCCGGGAAAACUCAUCCUCUCUCCCGCAUAAGAAGACACUGCUAGUACUACCAACCUCACUACCGUUCACCACUAUUGAAGAUAAACCUUCUUCUGCUACUCUUCCAUUAGGUCGUCAAAACAAUGGCCCAGAACCAGAGCUCCGCCUCUCCUGAGAUUUCCGAGCCAACGCUUAAGAUUCCCAAACUUGACCAUCACCAAAACGGCGCCAUCCCCGGAUCCCCGUAUUUCCGGGUCAAGAAGCUGUCGGAGAAAGCCGUUUUGCCUUCCAGAGGCUCACCCCUGUCCGCCGGCUACGAUCUCUCCAGUGCGGCGGAGGCAAAGGUUCCCGCCAGGGGCAAGUCUCUGAUUCCGACCGAUCUCAGCAUCGCCGUCUCCCCAGGAACCUAUGCUCGUAUAGCGCCCAGAUCUGGACUGGCAUGGAAGAACUCGAUUGACGUGGGAGCGGGCGUGAUUGACGCGGAUUACAGAGGGCCUGUUGGGGUGAUAUUGUUCAACCAUUCGGAUAUCGAUUUCGAGGUUAAGGUUGGUGACAGAAUUGCACAGCUCAUCAUCGAGCGGAUUGCAACUCCGGAGGUGGAGGAGGUUGAGGACCUGGAUUCCACCGUGAGAGGCUGCGGCGGCUUUGGUUCCACUGGGGUUUGACCUCCCAAGUACCCCACCAGAUAAUCUUGUUAUUGGUUGUAAUUUAGGAGUUAAUGGUGCUUUUGUUCUUUUUGUCCAUGGAAGUAUUAAGUAAAAUGACUUGCUUAUGGAAAUAUGAAUUAGAAUGACUUUAGUAUCAUGCUUUGAUUUCACAUUUGAAAUUGAAGUGGCUUGUUAUUUGUUAAAUCGUUUUGUGGCUUGAAGGAGGCAAAAGAAAUUACAGGGGUAGUUUUACAGUUUUUUUUAGUUUUAC